AUGAAACUUUUCUUCAAGACCCAUCAAAUAAUACUUCUAUUAAUCACAAUCCAUGCCAUUUCACAUCCAAAAGUACAAUCCUUAAAAGCACCCUUUGAUCCCAGAGACAUACUGCCAUUGCUACCAAGACAAGUGUCAUGGCAUAUUCUGAAUACUCUCAACAGUGCAGAGGACCUCUUGCCCUCUUUUGUGGGCACUGCCACUGCAGUCGAGAAUUCUUUACAGUGGAAAGGUGCUUGCUUUUACAAUAACAGUGCUUGGUUGGAGUUUCAUAAUAAAAGUAAAACUGAAUUUGGUGGUGGCACUCUCCAUAUCAAGGUUAGCAAUGCUCAUAGUUGGACAUGCAUGGAUCUUUAUCUCUUUGCAACUCCUUAUCGUGUAACCUGGGAUUAUUAUUUUUUAUCUCGUGAGCACACCCUCGAAUUUAAAGAGUGGCAUUCAAAAUCUGAAUACGAAUACGUGAAAAACAAGGGUAUUUCAAUUUUCCUCUUGCAAGCAGGAUUGCUAGGAACUCUUCGAUCAUUGUGGGAAGUAUUCCCUUUAUUCACAAACAGUAAUUGGGGUGAGAACUCGAAUGUUGCAUUUCUUCAAAAGCACAUGGGGGCUACCUUUGAAGAACGUCCUAAGCCAUGGGUCACAAACAUUAGUGCUGAUGAUUUACACUCUGGAGAUUUCCUAGUUUUAUCAAAAAUUCGGGGUCUUUGGGGUGGUUUUGAGACUCUAGAGAAAUGGGUGACUGGAUCUUAUGCUGGUCAUGCUGCUGUUUGCUUAAGGGACUCUGAAGGAAAGCUAUGGGUUGGAGAAUCAGGACAUGAUAAUGAGCAGGGAGAGGAUAUUAUUGCUAUUAUGACAUGGGAGGAAUGGUGGGAAUAUGAGCUGACAAAAGAUAAUGCCAAUCCGCAUAUUGCAUUGCUUCCUUUGCAUCCAGACCUCCGGGCCAAGUUCAAUGAAACUGCUGCCUGGGAGUAUGCUCGGAGCAUGGAAGGACUACCUUAUGGUUACCAUAACUUGAUAUUUAGCUGGAUAGACACGAUUAAUGGAAAUUAUCCAUAUCCCUUGGAUGCUCACCUGGUUGCUUCUGUCAUGACUGUUUGGACACAGUUCCAGCCUGCAUAUGCUGGUAAGAUAUGGAAUGAAGCAUUGAACAAGCGGCUCGGGACUCAGAACCUUAGUCUUUCUGAAAUUCUUGUAGAAGUUGAGAAGCGUGGAUCAUCUUUUGGUGAACUGUUGGCAGUCCCGGAACAGGACAAUUGGGUUUAUGUUGAUGGGAAGUCAACAUCAUGUAUUGCUUUUGUCUUUGAAAUGUACAAGGAAGCAGGACUUUUUGGUUCACUUGCAAGCUCGAUUCAAGUUACUGAGUUCACGAUAAAAGAUGCUUACACGCUAAAAUUUUUCGAAAACAAUUCAAGCCUGUUGCCUAAAUGGUGCAAUGACGCAGACACGGUGAAGCUUCCAUUUUGUCAAAUCCGAGGGAGAUACCGGAUGGAACUACCUGGAUACAAUACCAUGGAUCCGUACCCACACAUGAAUGAAAGGUGCCCGUCUUUGCCACCAAAAUAUUCCAGACCUGCAGGUUGCUGA